GAAUUUUUGUAAAAUUUGCAUGCCAUACAACUCUCAUGACAAGGUCUAAAUUUUUGUCUUGCUCGUGUCCGUCAUGUGGUGUGUGUCAAUAUCCCAUUUCCUCAUCUUUAUCCUUCCGCCGAACGACACUCCUUCGUGCUCGUCCUCCUUCAUUACAGCCGGAAAAAUCCUCCAGCCCCUCGCCCCAUGCCUAGCAUGCGAUUCUACAGCUCGAGGAGCAUCCGUAAGUUGUUCAUCAUUCGCUUGGGCCUCUCAUAAAUGCAGAGACGCACGCCAGAAAUUGACAAAUGACCUCCAUUUCUGAAUUUCCAGAAGCUACAGAAUUCGACAUCACUUAUGGGGCUGCAAAUAAAAUGGUGUUGAGAGUUCUGUUCCCAUGCAUAUGGUGAUGGUAAGCAGGAAAAUGAGAAGUUGCAAAUCAGCUCGUUUUCCUUACAGAGGAGGAUGGCAGGAAAACUUCAGUGAGUUGCUAGCAAUAGAAGCUUUUAAGAGCAAAGUGGCAGAAUUGCAAGACAAAACAACUAAUGUCUUCUCUAUUCUGCUGAGUUGCUUCCGAAGAUAUGAAAUAAGUCCGAGCCCGUCUGCAUACUCCUUUGUCAUCAAGUAUGUCGCACGUAGACGUCUCUUCUCCCAAAUCCCUGCGAUUCUGCACCACCUUGAGCAUGAAGAGCAACUUGAAGUCCCAGAAAAAGUCUUUCUUGGUCUUAUUCAGCAUUAUGGUAAAGCAAACAUGCUUAAAGAUGCUAUGAACAUUUUCUUCAGGAUUCCUAAAUUCAGAUGCACGCCUUCUGUUCUUUCCUUAAAUUCAUUGCUCUCUAUUCUUUGUAAGAAGAAGGAAGGCCUUGUUUUGAUUCAAGAUGUCUUGAUGAAGACUCCAGAGAUGAACAUUCAUCUCGAGGCUACCACAUUUCAUAUACUAAUAAGAGCUCUUUGCAAGAUUGGAAAAGUUGGCUCUGCAUUAGAGCUCUUAAAAGCGAUGCACCUCGACGAGUCCUAUCCUGAAGGAAAACUGUACUCCGUGGUGCUUUCUUCGCUUUGUGAGCAUGCUGGUGCCAAAGACAUACUUACUUUUUUAGAAGACAUGAGAAACGCUGGGCACUUGCCUACUGCUCUAGAGUAUAACAGUGUGAUUGAUGUUCUUGUGAAGGAAGGUAAAGUAAAUCAUGCCUAUUCUCUAUUGGAACAUUUGAAAUCGGGGAAAGAGGGCCGAUGUUUUGAGUUAUAACAGUGUACUCCAUGGUUUUUGCAUGGCAAAUGACUACCACACUGUUGAGGAGCUGUUUGAUGAAAUUCUUGUUAUUGGUCUUGUACCCAAUAUUUUUACCUUUAAUGUCUAUGUAAGUAGUCUUUGUCAGCAAGGUAAAUUUGAAAGAGCACAUAAAAUGAUCAGUUGUAUGGAUAAAAUAGGAUGCAAGCCAGACACAGAAACCUUCAACAUUGUCCUUGCUGCGUAUGUUAAAGCAGGUGCAAAGGAGAAAAGCGGAGAUAUAAAGAAAGAGAUGCUUGCGAAGAGAAUCCAAUGGAACUCAAAUACUUACAACAUUCUGAUUGAUGGACUCCUUCAUAGCUGUGAAGCAAUUGAGGCUUAUGAGCUUUUCAUGGAAAUGCUGGGAAAUGGAUUUGCUGCUCAGCCUUCAACUUGUAACGCUUUAGUUUGUAGCUUGUGUGAAAUGCACAAAUAUAGUGAAGCUUUGCAAGUUUUAGAAGAACUAUUGAGAAAUUCCAUUUCUCCUGAUUCUGUGCUUUGGGAAGCUCUGCUUUAUCAAUUCAGAGUGGAUUGUGGAAGCAAGUCUGUUGAUUUGGAGGCUAUUGUAGGGGAGAUGAAGCGGGAUGGCAUUGCAAAGCAAGUGGAGGGAGAUUGCGCAUCUCCACCAUGACCAAAUUGCCGCAGCUACAGAGUCGCUUCUGGAGGCUAUGAUCACAGCAGUAAAUAAAGGAAGGCAGUAGAUGGACAACUCAAAUUUGACUUGAUUAAUAUUUGAUCAAAUUUGUUAUAGUAGUAAUUAAACAACUUUGA